UUCACCUGCACAGCCAUGGGCUGCAUCCAGAGCAUAGCCUGUAACAAGUCACGCAUCAAACGAGAGAGUAUCGUGGUGUACGACUUGUCCGCCACCAUAGACCACUGCCCCACUGUCAUUGAGGAGAACUCGCCUAUAGUGCUUCGAUACAAGACGCCGUAUUUCAAAGCCUCUGCGCGGAUUGUGAUGCCUCCCAUUCCGCGCAAUGAGACAUGGGUGGUGGGCUGGAUCCAGGCAUGCACCCAUAUGGAAUUUUACAACACCUACGGAGACGUCGGCAUGUCAAGCUGGGAGCUGCCUCAGCUACGUGAAGGCCUGGUGAGGGCCAUCAGUGACUCGGAUGGAGUGAGCUACCCUUGGUAUGGAAACACAACAGAGACUGUCACUAUAGUCGGCCCCACUUCCAAACCGUCCCGCUUCAUCGUCAGCAUGAAUGACAAUUUUUACCCCAGUGUUACCUGGGCUGUGCCAGUCAGUGAAUCUAACACGCCCUUACUGACUAACAUCAAAAGGGACCAGAGUUUCACCACCUGGCUGGUGGCACUCAACACCACAUCCAGGGAAAAGAUAUUGCUCCACACCAUCAAGUGGAGGAUGAGGGUUGAUAUCGCAGUGGAUCCAUCCCUGCCUCUGGGUUCCAGGGCCAGACUGGUGGGCCGGGUGCACCAGGACCAGCCGCGGGUGCUGACCCGAAUGGAGCCCAUCCCUCCUAACGCCAUGGGGAGACCCAAUGCCAAUGAUGCCCAAGUUUUGAUGUGGAGGCCGAGAAGAGGCCCUCCAGUUGUUGUCAUACCACCCAAAUAG